UCAGUGGGCAGCACAAAAGCACAUCACAUUGGAUCAGAACAGCAGAGAAUCCAAAUUAAAGAAUAAAGUCGUUUUUUCCCUCCCCAUGCAGAGAACAGAACAGUGAUGCUGUACAAAUGUUCGAAAACAUUUUGGAAGUUUUGAACGUCCUAACUAUCUCCCUUGUGGUGCCUGUCAGGAGUUCUGAUCUCUGAGGGGCUGACUUGCUAAAGAAUUGCAACAAUGUGAAGUUGGCAAGAGCCUGGAUUGAAGCAAAACAGCAGAAGGUUAUAUAUCCUGAGAGAAGGCAUGCUGCAACCUGGUUCUUAAACUUUUCAGAAGACAACAGUGGAGAACGGCAGCUAUAUUCCCGAGGCUACUGCAACCUUGCAGAACAGAAAUGGAAGAACGUGUGGUUCCAAACUGGACUGUGGUAGCCCCAAACCAGACCUCGGUGACCGAGUUCAUCCUCGUGGGGCUGUCGAACGACCCUGGGACGCAGCUGGUGCUCUUUGUGGUCUUCCUGGUAGUCUACCUGCUCACCUUGGCUGGCAAUAUUCUCAUUGUGGUCACCAUCAUCCACAACCAGGGGCUGCACACUCCCAUGUACUUCUUCCUGAGCAACCUCUCCUUCAUCGACGUCUGCCAUGCCACAGUCACUGUGCCCAAGAUGCUGGCUGACUUCCUCUCAACUGCAAAGACCAUCUCCUUUGGGGGCUGCGUGGCCCAGAUGUUCUUCCUCCACCUCUUUGCAUGCACUGAGAUCUUCCUCCUCACCGUCAUGGCCUAUGACCGCUAUGUGGCCAUCUGCAACCCGAUGCAUUACCUCACCAUCAUGAACCAGAAGGUCUGCCUCCUGCUGGCCGGCACGAUCUGGUUGGGUGGCACAGUGCACUCUCUCGCCUUGACUGGCAUGACCAUCAAGCUACCCUACUGUGGGCCCCAGAAGGUCGACAACUUCUUCUGUGACGUCCCCCCAGUCAUCAGGCUCGCAUGCACAGACACCUACGUCAUUGAGAUCCUCAUUGUUUCCAACUCGGGGCUGAUCUCCGUGGUCUGCUUCGUGGUCCUGGUGGUCUCCUACGGCAUCAUCCUGGUCUCCCUCCGCAAACGUCUUGCGGAAGGCCGGCGCAAGGCACUCUCGACAUGUGCGGCCCACCUCACGGUGGUGACACUCUUCCUGGGGCACUGCAUCUUCAUUUAUUCCCGCCCCUCCACCAGCUUCUCGGAGGACAAGGUGGUGUCGGUCUUCUUCACUGCCGUCACCCCUCUGCUCAACCCCAUCAUCUACACGCUGAGGAACGAGGACAUGAAGCAGGCGCUCAACAAACUGUUUGGCAGGAAGGUGACAGCGGAGAAAAAGUGAGGGUCCGGCUGUAGUAUGAGGAGGUACAGAGGGAAGGUGGGGAGAAGAGCCCAGUUGAAAUCUCACCACAGCCAGGGUGAAAUCGGGCAAGCGAGCAUGGAACCCUAUGGAUCUCAAGCACUGCACAUCUUCCAUGGGUUCACCAUGAAAAUGUGGGGUUUGGAACAUAGAGGAGAACCUGGCACUCAGAGCUUUUCAACUUGGGUACAUGAGUUAAGGCAGUUUCCUGAUCCCCCUGAUCAAACUUCAAACUCCUGCAAUCACAAAAGACUUAUCCUUAUUAUGUUACUGGGUGAGCACUUGCUGUUCACUGCUAUGUUUCAAGAGCCUAUGGGUCAGAGCUUCUAAAGGCUGAAGUGUCCAUCGAUGCCAACAUGGCCCCUGGCAAACUUGAAAACUCUAGUUUCUGCAUAUGGGGCAAAUGAAAAUAAACAUGAGCAGCAAAUGUUGAUGAACAAAAUGCAUAUUUAAUAAACUUACACAUGCAUCUAGAAAUGCCACUUGACUUGCACACUUUAGCUUGGAUUUCAAACUGUGGUGGUACCUUGGGUUACAUACGCUUCAGGUUACAGACUCUGCUAAACCAGAAAUUGUACCUCAGGUUAAAAGCUUUGCUUCAGGAUGAGAACAGAAAUCACGCAGCAGUGGUGCAGCAGCAGCAGGAGGCCCCAUUAGCUAAAGUGGUGCUUCAGGUUAAGAACAGUUUCAGGUGAAGAACGGACCUCCAGAACGAAUUAAGUUCUUAACCCGAG